ACGCUGACGCUGGCAAUGUACCUUUACUGUUUUAUUUUCUUUCUGCUGCUCAUAAUAUUUAUAAUUUCAAAACUUAUAUCACCUAAACAAAUUAAUAUUAAAGGAAAACAUGUUUUGAUAACUGGUGGAUCAAGUGGCAUUGGUAAAGCUCUUGCUAUCGAAGCAGUUAGACAAGGGGCUAAUGUCACAAUCAUUGCCAGAAAUGAGAAAAGAUUGGAUGAAGCUAAACAAGAGAUUGAAAGACAAAUCAAGGACAGAAAUUUACAGAAGGUCUUAGCAAUUUCGGUGGAUAUCACAAAGGAUGCAGACACAGUGAAGAAUGCUGUCAAUAAGGCAGAGAAGGAGCUGGGACCUAUCACCAUCCUUAUCAACAAUGCAGGGAGUGCUAUAGCUGGACGGUUUGAAGAAACAUCUGUAGAGCAAUUUCAGCGCAUGAUAGAUUUAAAUUUCGUGGGAAGUGUGAAUGUCACCAAGGCUGCCAUUAAAGACAUGAAAGAAAACAAUGCAGGGAGGAUCGUGUUUAUUUCUUCUCAGGCAGGACAAGUGGGUGUGUUUGGAUACACUGCCUAUUCUGCGUCAAAGUUUGCUCUCAGGGGAUUCGCAGAAUCUCUUCAAAUGGAGGUUAAGCCUUACAAUAUCUACGUUACUAUGGCAUUCCCUCCUGACACAGAUACACCAGGUCUAGCAGAGGAAAACAAGUCCAAGCCCAAAGAAACCGUGCUCAUCUCGGACACUGUAGGUCUUUUCUCACCCUGUGAUGUGGCCAAAACAGUCUUCAGGGAUGCAGUGAAUGGCAGGUUCCUGAGUUAUGUAGGUAUGGAUGGUUGGUUGCUAAGCAAUCUGUCCAGUGGAAUGUCUCCAGCCACCUCAAUUGUGGAUUUACUUCAACAGGUAUUUACAAUGGGGAUUUUCCGCUUUGUUUGCCAGUUCUAUUUGUUCCAUUUUGACCGCAUUAUACGGAAGUGUAAAGAAGAAAAAGAUUCCAAAUUAAAAUCAUCUUAGAAUCUUAAUGUAAUAGAAAUCUUUUAAUUUUGAAGCAAUUAAGAUAAUCACAAAAUGCAUUGCUGAUACAGGGAUAUGUAUGAUAAUUUUAAAACUGCUAUGUGACUGCAAAGCUUAUACAUAUGUUAUUUAUUGAAAUAAUAAGAAUAUGUACACUCUAUACAAAUUUUGAUAUAUAUACUUUUUUCAUUUUUAUAGAAAAAUAAAAUAUGGCAUCAUAGUAAGAAGUCUUUCUUUGUGGUCAUAAUUGUUAUCUGCCCAAAAUCUUCGAAAUUCAUAAUUUGUUUAAAUAAGGUUCUGACAUGCAGUGACCUAAUUAGCCCUUUGA